GACCAAAACUGCAAAAACCAAACAACCGCCAACAUCAGUUUUUCAAAAACAAAAAUGGCGCUCUCUCUCUCUUUACUUUCGUUUCUUUCAUUCCCUCUCCCUCCAAACUUCACCAUUACAUAUUCUUCCCAAACUCCGCUCAGCCCUCCCCAUCUCUUUCUCUCGCUCUCUAUUCAAUUCAACUCUACCUGCAAGUGAAUAGAGGGUGAGUGAGCGUAUAGUUUCAAUGGCAGACACAGAGAAUUGUGUUCGCGUUACUCGCGCAGCUAGAAAGAGGGCGGCUGCGGCAAUUGCUCCGGCGGAGGAGCAUCCUGUGCAAAAGAAAAGGGUGGUGUUGGGAGAGCUUCCCAAUAUUUCGAACGUUGUCGCUCCAGUGAAUUAUAGUGUUGGGGAUGUGAGUCAGAAGCAGAAAAAUAAAGUAAAGCCAAAGUCCAAGAAGGCUAUCUUAGUCAACAAUGAAGAUGUUCCGAAGGAAGACAUUGAUGGAAGGUCUGAAGAUCCCCAGAUGUGCGGACCAUAUGCAUCUGACAUUUAUGAGUAUCUUCACAAAAUGGAGGUGGAACCAAAGCGGAGGCCAUUGCCUGAUUACAUUGAGCAAGUCCAAAAGGAUGUUAGCCCCAACAUGAGAGGGAUUCUGGUGGAUUGGUUGGUGGAGGUUGCACAGGAGUACAAGCUUGUCUCAGAUACUCUCUAUCUCACCGUUUCCUACAUUGACAGAUUCCUGUCUCUGAAAGUUCUUAACAGGCAAAAACUUCAGCUACUGGGUGUUUCCUCUAUGCUCAUUGCAUCAAAGUACGAAGAAAUCAGCCCUCCAAACGUGGAAGAUUUUUGCUAUAUCACCGAUAACACAUACACAAAGGAUGAGGUUGUGAAGAUGGAGGCUGACUUACUCAAGUCUCUAAAAUUUGAACUGGGAAGCCCGACAGUAAAGACUUUCCUGAGGAGAUUUACCAAUGUUGCACAAGAGGAUUACAAGAUGUUGAAUUUGCAACUUGAGUUCCUGGGAUACUACCUUUCUGAGUUAAGUUUGUUGGAUUACAAUUGUGUUAAAUUUUUGCCUUCGUUGGUGGCUGCAUCCGUUAUCUUUCUAGCAAGAUUCAUAAUUAAACCAAAGAUGCACCCUUGGAGUUUAACCCUGCAACAAUACUCUCGAUACAAGUCAUCUGAGCUGAAGGAAUGCGUUCUUAUCAUACAUGACUUAUAUUUGAGUAGAAGAGGAGCUGGAUUACAAGCUGUAAGAGAAAAAUACAAGCAACAUAAGUUCAAAUAUGUUGCAACACUGCCUUCACCUCCGGAAGUACCAGGUUAUUUCUUUGAAGGUGUUAAAGAAUGAUGAUAUUUUGGCAUCCUACUGUUUGAUGAUUUUACAAGUGAAAGAGAAUGGACCUUGGGUUGUGCAGUCCGAAAAGAGAAGAAUCCUAACACUGGCAGCAUAGCGUUUUAGAUUUACAAAAAUCUUGAUUGAUGUGGCAAUUCUUGAAGUGAGUUUUUUGGCCAUGAUUGUGCUAUGGUCUUGUUUAUCCUGCAUGCUGAUACUAGCUUAGGGAUUUAAUACUGUCAGAAACUUGAAUUUCUAGGGAAAUAUUGUAAAUAAUGUUGACAAAUUUUGUUUUUGUUCUUAGUUGCUUCUGAUUUACAAAAUCUUGUGAUGAAAAAUUGUCUCUAUUUCAUUUCAAAUAUGUGAAUGGCA